CUCAUUAGAGAGAAGAGCUGUGUAGUGUAGACAAGGGUGUAGUUUCUCAGAGCCACAACUGUCUGUGAGUGAAGUGGAUGAUUAUGAGAGAGUCCUGACAAAAGAAGAGGGGGGGAAGGAAAAUUAGGGCCGCCAGCAUUCUUCUUUUUUAAAGCUGUAACUACAAAAAACUGCUUCUAGAGUGCUGGGCAGGGCUGGAUCUUGUUGCUGCUAGCUGGGAGAGGAGAGGGGAGAGAGAGCAGCAGCCAGUCUCUGCCUACAUGGUGAAGCAGCGAUAACUUGGGACCUUUUCUCAUCCUCCUCCUUUCCUUUUUUUCCCCUUCCACCCCGUUUUUGCACACAAGGAAAGGCUCAUGUCUUGGACAUAAGACAUUAUGAUGAGCUUUGUGCAAACUAGGACUUUGUUAUUUCUGGCUAUCUUUCUGCUGCAAGACCUGUUGUUUGUGAAAUGCCAAGACCUCAGUGGAGAUGAAGGGAGCUGUACGGACGAUGGCCAGAUAUACCCCAACAAAGAGGUCUGGAAGCCCGAGCCGUGCCGGAUCUGCGUGUGCGACAGCGGCACGGUCCUGUGCGACGAUGUCCAGUGUGAUGACCUGAGCGGGUGCGAGAGGGUAUACACGCCCGAAGGGGAGUGCUGCCCGCGCUGUGCGGAAGGGGAUGGCGGCGGCAACACCGGAGGUGGAACCGUGUUCAAGGGUCAAAAGGGAGAACCAGGAGACGUCCCAUACGUGACAGGGAUUAGAGGAAGACCAGGACCAAUGGGACCUCCUGGAGCUUCUGGAUUCAGAGGCGAUCGCGGUGCCAAGGGCAGACCUGGUCCAAGAGGCCCAGCAGGAUUCGAUGGGGAGCCAGGAAUUCCAGGAAACCCAGGACAGCCCGGCCCACCCGGACAUCCAUCUCACCAAGGGGGCCAGUUUUCCGCUAACAUGGCUGGAGGGUUCGAUGAGAAAUCAGGAAACUUGGCGAUGCUGCACGGAUCACGGGGGGAGGCCGGAGCCAGAGGACCCCCUGGGCCAAGCGGCAUGCCAGGCUCUUCUGGACCUCAAGGAGCACCUGGUGAUGUUGGUGACCCUGGACCUAUGGGAAACUCUGGAUCAAGAGGACCAGAGGGCCCACCUGGAAAGCCUGGAGAGGAUGGUGAGGCAGGCACACCAGGAAAGGCAGGAGAUGUUGGAUUCCCAGGGUCAGCUGGAUCCAGAGGUUUCCCAGGCACACCUGGACCCCCAGGUCUUAAAGGACACAGAGGUCAUCAAGGCCCAGGUGGUAUGAAGGGAGAGCGUGGUACAGUCGGAUCGAAGGGAGACAUGGGCUCAACAGGACAGAUGGGAGCACCUGGCCCUAUGGGACCCAGGGGAAUGCCAGGAGAGAGAGGACGUUCUGGAGGAAGCGGAUUGCCUGGAAGUCGGGGAGUUAUCGGAAACCCAGGAAAGCCUGGUCCAAUGGGGCCGUUGGGUCUUUCUGGUGCACCUGGAUUUCCAGGACAGCCAGGAAUGAAGGGUCAAGCUGGUUCCACUGGCGUAAGAGGGCCUGAGGGACCACAGGGCCAGAGGGGGGAGACUGGAAACCAAGGCAGAGCUGGACCCACUGGCCUUCAGGGUCCCGGAGGACAAGAUGGAGGCCCUGGUGCCAAGGGUCCUGUGGGAAAUGCAGGUCCACAAGGUCCUAAUGGUCUCCUGGGCCCUGCUGGCCCACCUGGCCCACAGGGAAGCACAGGACAGCCUGGCAUCAAGGGCACAAGGGGAGAUCUUGGUGUUGCAGGAUACAAAGGAGAGUCAGGACCCAAAGGAGAACCUGGACCUCAAGGUGCCCAGGGAGUCCUCGGUCCUCAGGGAGAGGAAGGAAAGAGGGGACCUCGAGGAGACUCUGGGUCGGUAGGCCCACAGGGAGCUCCUGGUGAGAGAGGUGCUCCUGGCAACAGAGGAUUCCCAGGCGCUGACGGAUUAGCUGGCCCCAAGGGAGCACAAGGUGACCGUGGAAUCGCAGGAAUCUUAGGACCAAAGGGCUCUGGGGGUGAUCCAGGACGCACUGGAGAGCCCGGUCUUCCUGGAGCAAGGGGUUUGACUGGAACACCUGGAGUCCAGGGAGCUGAGGGGAAACCAGGACCACUGGGUGCCCCUGGUGAGGAUGGUCGGCCAGGGCCAGCUGGGUCUGUUGGAACCAGAGGCCCACCAGGAACAAUGGGACUGCCUGGGCCUAAAGGCUUCAGUGGAGAUCCGGGGAAAACAGGACAGCAAGGUUCUGGUGGAGUCCCUGGGCAAAGAGGUCCUCCUGGUAAAGAUGGUGAAGAAGGACCAGCUGGCCCACCAGGCCCUGCUGGCCCCGCCGGAGAAAGAGGAGAGCAGGGACCUCCUGGCAUGCAUGGCUUUGAGGGAAAUCCUGGACCAUCAGGGGCACCAGGAGAGGCAGGAAAGCCGGGUGAUGUGGGUAUUCCUGGAGAAAUCGGUCCCGUUGGUGCCCUUGGGCCAAGAGGAGAGCGUGGAACUCCUGGAGAGAGAGGUGAUCUGGGAAAUCCAGGAUUGGCAGGACCUAAGGGUAUCCCUGGAGCACCAGGACCUGACGGGGCGAAGGGUAGCCCGGGACCCCCAGGGGCUCUUGGUGACCUUGGGCCUCCUGGUCUGCAGGGAAUGCCAGGAGAGCGUGGUAUCUCUGGGCCUCCUGGACCUAAAGGGGACCGGGGAGCCCUGGGUGAGAAAGGAUCUGAAGGAACACCUGGAAAUGAUGGUGCACGAGGACUUCCUGGUCCUGUUGGACCUUUAGGACCUGCUGGCCCAAGUGGUGAGAAGGGAGAGUCCGGUCCAAAGGGCCCACCCGGACCACCAGGAUCAAGAGCAAUGCCCGGAUCCCCUGGAGAGCCUGGGCCAAUCGGCGCUGUUGGAUUUGCGGGACCACCUGGUCCUGAUGGCCAGCCUGGAGUGAAGGGAGAGCCAGGAGAGCCCGGUCAGAAGGGAGAUGCUGGGUCACCUGGCCCUCCAGGAUUGGCAGGAGGACAUGGUGCUAACGGACCUCCUGGAAUUGCUGGACCAAAGGGUGGCAGAGGGACGCAGGGAGCUCCGGGACCAACUGGUUUCCCCGGAUCUGCUGGACGUGUUGGCCCACCAGGUCCACCCGGCCCCCUUGGACCAGCUGGGCCUAUUGGCUUGCCUGGCAAAGAGGGACCACCUGGCUUACGUGGAGACCACGGACCUCCUGGACGGCAGGGUGAGAGGGGACAAGCUGGUCCUGCUGGUAGCGCCGGAGACAAAGGAGAUGGUGGCGAGGAUGGACCCACGGGCCCUGACGGACCACCAGGCCCUGCUGGUACAACAGGACAAAGGGGAAUUGUGGGUCUUCCUGGUCAAAGAGGAGAGCGUGGAAUGAACGGUCUUCCAGGCCCAGCGGGUCCUCCCGGAAAACAAGGAUCUCCUGGUGCCUCAGGUGACAAAGGACCCCCUGGAUCAGUGGGCGUACCAGGAGCGAAUGGACCUCGUGGAGACCCUGGACCCCAAGGUGUCCCAGGCGCUGAUGGUCCACCAGGAAAGGAUGGAGUCCUUGGUCAGAGGGGAGAUAGAGGAGAUUUAGGUCCCGAAGGUCUGCUCGGACCACAGGGUGCUCCUGGUUCUCCCGGCCCCGUUGGUCAACCCGGCGGCCCUGGCAGGAGAGGAGAGCCUGGCUCAAAGGGUCCCGUGGGUCCUCUUGGAUCAGCUGGAAAGAGAGGCCUUGUCGGACCACAAGGACCCAGAGGGGAUAAAGGAGACCUCGGAGAUCGUGGAGAGAGAGGUCAGAAGGGCCACAGAGGCUUCACCGGUUUACAGGGUCUCCCUGGACCUCCGGGCUCAACGGGAGACCAGGGAGGACCAGGAAUUGUUGGACCAAAUGGCCAGAGGGGACCUCCUGGGCCAGUGGGUCCAUCUGGAAAAGAAGGCAACCUGGGUCUUCCCGGACCAAUGGGACCGCCAGGAACCCGUGGAAUUUCUGGAGAAAUCGGACCAGAGGGACCUCCAGGAGACCCCGGUCCCCCCGGCCCACCAGGUCCCGCCGGCCGCCCCACCGCAGCCAUGGACGACUUCUUCGGCGGGGGCGACUACGGUCCACCACCGCCUCCCGAGUUCAACGAGGACGAGGCUCUGCCCAACAGCAACAACUCUGAGGUCAUCCAUGCCGACCCUGGUGUCCAGGCCACCCUGAAGGCCCUCAGCAGCCAGAUCGACAGCAUGCGCAGCCCCGACGGCACCAAGAAGCACCCGGCCAGGACCUGCGAGGACCUGAGGCAGUGCUACCCCGACAAAAAGAGUGGUGAGUACUGGAUCGAUCCAAACCAGGGGAGUGCAGAGGAUGCCAUCAAGGUACAGUGCAACAUGGACACGGGUGAGACGUGCAUCGACGCCAAUCCCACCAGCAUACCUCGCAAGAACUGGUGGAGCAGCCCAUCAAGUAAACCCGUCUGGUUUAGCAGCAACAUGAAUGGUGGAACCUAUUUCAACUAUGGAAACAAGGACCAAUCGGAGAACUCCAUUAGAGUACAGAUGACGUUCAUUCGUCUCCUCUCCAAAGAGGCAUCACAAACCAUCACCUAUCACUGCAAGAACAGCGUGGCCUACAAAGACGAGAAGACAGGAGACCUGAAGAAGGCGGUCAUUCUCAAGUCAUCGAAUGACCUAGAGCUUAAAGCUGAGGGAAAUAAUCGGUUCAGAUAUAUGGUCGUAGAGGACACCUGCUCAACUCCCAACGGCAACUGGGGCAAGACAGUGUUUGAGUACAGGACACAGAAAACGGCGAGACUUCCAAUUGUGGACGUGGCCCCUGUGGAUAUUGGUGGCCCCGAGCAGGAGUUUGGCAUUGACAUUGGGCCGGUGUGCUUCUUGUAAUAAAUAAAUCAUCAACAGGAGAGGGGGAUGUAUCGAAGAGAAAAAACCCUGAGACUCUUGAACUCAUUGCUGACGCGCUCAGCCUUGUACAUACCGUACAACGGACUACUCUUGACCCCUGGUGCAAAAUAUUUAUUAUCCCCUUAUCCAUUAAUCUGCUAAAACAAACCAAAAUGACCUAAACAGCGGUAGUUUCAAACCCAUAAAUGAUGUUCUUGUCCUGUCCAGGUCAAACCUCAUUGCGAUCGGUACCACCAUAUACUACGUACGUAUGGUAAUUGUGAAAUUGAUCUUAAAAAUAAAACUCACACAUGAAUGUUUUAUUUCAAAUAAUUUGGAGACAAGUGUUUUUAUUCACUCCUUACCUGCUGUUGAUCAACCACGUGUUCCUCAUUUGACCUUGACCUUUGACCUUACCAGAAUCGAUGGACAUCACUAGUUUCCCUUUUCAAAUGAUACUCAUUUGCUUGUUUUAUUUCUUAUUUUUUUGUUUCGUUGUGCAUUUUUUAAAAAGUUUACUUUUUUACGACAAAAGAAAUGGUGCUAAAAAUGGAAACAUGUUUUUUUUUAAUUAUUUCUUAGAGAAAAGAAUGUUUUAAUAAUAAAAAAAAAUCUGCCACUUGUAACCAUUUAAAUACCUUCACUCUGUAACAACAACGGUAUCCAACUGAGAAUUAAAGAUGAGACAGUUGAUUUGUAUCGAUGUAAGCUACCUCGUCUCUAUGUACUGGGAUUGACUGAUUGAUUGAGACGUUUUCCACACAGUUGCAGGGAGAGCUUCCAGUACUCGUGUAGAACAGGGUUGUGGACAAUGAAAUAAAGAUCAUACAAUCACAGAUGGCCCAGCUGAAUCACUGCCUCAAGGGAGAGGUGUGUUUGGGUGACCUUAUAUCGGACAUAUUUACAUGCUUAUCGGGCAAGGUAUUUGCUACUGGGAUGUGUUUAUAUUCUUGUGCAUGUUGCUAGGCUCCUUUUAUUUGGCUUUACUUGCAGUACCUUCUAACCAUCUUUUCCUCCCUACAACAACCUUUCCGCCAUUUCAAAAGGACGGCAGUAAUGCCAAAACCUUCAUGUAUUUUUCCUUGCUAUGCAACAUAUUAAACACAUUGCUUAUCUCA